CAACAAGUGUCAACGCUAUUAUAUCCAAAAUCGUUGUGGAGAUUAAAUUGCGCACAGGUCUUUGCUUAGUUCAAUUUUCUUCACGGAAUAAGUAGUUGUAGAAUGUUUCUUGUUAGGCUUAACUUCUUAGGAUGUUUUUCUUUAUAACGUAGCUUGUAACUUAAACUUAAAGUGACGUUUACAAUUAUGAAUCUGGGAUCACCAAAUUUUGAUAAAAGAUUCGCAGACUAUUUUGUUAUUUGUGGCCUAGAUUUUACAUCGGGGUUGGAGCCAGACCAACUUUCAGGGGAUAAUCUUCACUGUACUCCUUUGGAUAGACCUUAUCGAGCCAAAGUUUUGGCACACUACCCUGACAAUGUGCCUUGGAACCCUUUUGAUGAAAAAGCUGUUGGAAUGUUAUGCCAUCCUCGAGGCCUGUCUUUUAGGACACAGAGGCAUACUCAUAGUCCAUCUUUUCAUUCAUUUAUUAUCACUCGUGAAGAUGGAACCCGAACCUAUGGCCAUACCCUUACUUUCUAUGAAGAAGUUAGGGAUAGACAGAUCUGUGCUGCCAUGCAGACACUGCAGGCAAUGCAUCUUACAGAACUCAGUAGCAGUAAAGCUCAAGCAGCAUUGGUGAAUGGUGAUUCUGGAGGUACUCAUUCUUUACCUCGCUCCUUUAAACUAGGAUCUCGGCAACAUUCUGCAAAGGACUCGCUAUACGAUGUUAUAAGAGACACCCUUUAUGUUACCAAGUGUAUUUGUCUAAUAACUCAAUUACCCAUAAUUGUGGCAUGCAGGAGUUUUCUUGAAGGUCUUUAUAGUCUUGUGGCUUCACAAGAUCCACCACAAUUACCACUAGAGUGUUAUGUAUAUAAUAUCUUGUAUGAGGUACCACUGCCACCACCUGGCCGAAGUCUUAAAUUUUCUUGCUGUGGUCAAUCAGUCAUGUGCCAAAGGCCAGGUACUGGGGAAUUGCCUCUGUUUGAGUACUCCUUACGGGAAUUUUUUCACACUUUAGGUGUGGUCAAUGCAGUUAAACUUUUUUCUUGUGUGUUAUUAGAAAACCAAGUAUUACUUUGUUCUCAAGAGUACCAUAGGUUGAUGUUAGUAGCUGAGUGUGUCUCAAUAUUGUUGUUCCCUUUUACAUGGCAACAUGUGUAUGUACCCAUUCUUCCUGCCUCUCUCCAGCAUUUUCUAGAUGCUCCAGUUCCUUAUGUCAUGGGAUUACAGCAUAGCACAGAGGAUAGGUCACAACUAUGUAUACCUGGAGAGGCAAACUUGUGUUUUGUUGACAUUGAUAACCAGAACUUAGAAGUACCAGAAGAUACUCCAACAUUGCCAUACAAAACAGACUUAAUAGAUGAAAUAUGUGAUAUAUUUGACAAAUUUGGUAUUCCUCAGCCAGCAAAAGGUUUAGAUAGAAAUUUAAAUGAAAGAGUUUCACACAGACAACAACAUUCUCGGAAACUUUCAUGGAGUUUUGAGAGUGGAGACUCUGGAAUGAGCAGUUCAGACAGCAGUGCUCGUAGCUCUUAUACUAGUUUAGCCAGCACUCAUAAUCACAUUCUACAGCAGAGUGAAGCCUUACAAAGGAUAACAGCUAUAGCAAAAAGAACAGGAGUUAUAACAUCUUUUGAAGACUUACAUAAACCAAAGAAGCGUGAUUCCGAUAGAAGUAACAAGUCGGCUAUUAGUAAAGGACUAGGAAAUGGACAACAGUAUAUGGAAGAUCUUAAGUUUAAUAAUGCAAUUCGUGAAGUCUUUCUGAAUAGGUUCAUUCAAAUGUUUAACUCUUAUGAUCAUUUUGUUAUUCAGCCGAGUCAGCAAGAUAUGGAGCAGUGGAUUAACUCAAGAGAAAGCAUGCAGAACUUUGACAAAACCUCUUUUCUCUCUGAUCAGCCAGAACCUCAUCUUCCAUUUCUUUCUCGUUUUAUUGAGUCUCAAAUGUUUGCUACUUUGGUGGACAACAAAAUCACGUCUCAGUGGGAGGAGCCAGACAGUUAUUUAAAGGUGUUUGAUUCACGAAUAAAGCUGAUUCGGGAGAGGCACAGAGAUUCCCUCAUUAGAGCACCUUGUUAUGAACCAUGUGCAACUUUCAGGGAUACAGAAGUUGUCAUCGAUAAACGGGCCUCAGUUGCUGAUGUUACAGCUCCCUCACCUCGAGCCUUAGAAGUUUUGUCAGAGAUAAUAAGUAGAAGACGACAUAUUGCAGGCCACUUUCCUCCGCUGGAUGUCUCUGUAUUGAAUCGAGAGCCUGCCCAUAUUAGAUCUAAGAAGAGAUCUAAUGCUCAAUGGAAAAAAAAAGACAGACAAAUGCAGCAUGCAGAGCAUCUUCAACUCAAUACAGACCAAAAAGAGUACGAGGUAGCCGAGAAGCAUGCCAGAUUAUGGAGACGUUAUAUCCAGGAAGCCCGAAGCAAGUCAGUUCGCCAUCCUAAGCUUUCUGACAUGUCUCCUGCCAUUAUCGCCCGAACAAACUGGAAAUUUGUAGAGGCCUUACUUAAAGAAUGCAAAAUGAGAACAAAAAGAAUGCUGGUUGAAAAGAUGGGACAAGAAGCAGUAGAACUAGGCCAUGGAGAAAUAAGUAUUACUGGCCUGGAAGAGAAUACAAUGAUAGCCAGUUUAUGUGAUCUUUUAGAACGUGUUUGGAGUCAUGGUUUACAGUCAAAACAGGGUAAAUCUGCCUUGUGGUCCCAUUUACUUAGCUACCUUGAAGUUGAAGAAUGUAAAAAUUCAGGAAAACCUAUUGAUCCUAAUUUUCUAACGCCUGCCUUGGCUUGGUGUGUGCUCAGGAAACGGAUUGACUUUCCAGUCCAUCCACAGAACACACGAAGUUUUGGUCUGCCUGAAUUUUUCUUGUCACUUAAAAGUGGGGCUUUCAGCACUAUAGCUAGUCACCUUGCCAACUUUGAUAUAUCAACAUUAGCUUUGGAGGGAGAAUCAUCAUCUAUUCGUAGGGAAAACAAAGACAAAAGAAGACCAAGAACACCCGACCUUCCAGCACUGAAACCUCUUCCUAUAUCACUGGUGUAUGAUGUUAAGAAUGUUCAAGCUAUGACAGAAAUAAAAACCGACAUUGGAUAUGCUAGAGCAUGGGUACGACUAGCAAUGGAAAAGAAGCUUCUCUCAAGACACUUGAAGAAACUGUUAGCCAAUCAAGAAUUACUCAGGAGCCUGUACAAAAGAUAUGCUUUCUUGCGUUGUGAUGAUGAGAAAGAACAGUUCCUUUAUCAUUUGCUCACUCUGAAUGCUGUAGAUUACAAGUCCUUCACCAACACUUUUACCUCUACUGUGAUGCCGUAUCGAGUAGUAAUCUUCCCAAGCCGAAAAAUGAGUGCCUCCACCACCUCAGCAAAUGCUUGGAUCAUUGUUUCUGGUAUUUUGGGAGAAACUGGUUUGAUUGAAUUACCCAAGCAGAGUCUGGAGAUUGUCUUCCAACAUAAAAACCUGGGGAUCCUCACAACACUAAGAAUAGGACAUGACAACACUGGAAUAUCUCCCAAGUGGAUGGUAGAGCAUGUCGUGGUUCGAAAUGAAAUUACAGGGCAUGCUUACAAAUUUCCUUGUGGAAGAUGGCUUGGAAAAGGAGUGGAUGAUGGCAGCACAGAACGUCUUCUGGUGGGAGAGCUUGUUCCAGCUGAUAUAGAUAAUGAAGAACUAACAGAAACUUGUAGAACACCACCACGAUGUAGAUCACCUAGUGUUCCCAGGAGACCCAGUGAGCCAAAGCUUACUGUGCCCGAGAUACAACAGAUUUUGGGAGAUGCUGUAAACAACAUUGUGAAAUAUUUUUACAAGUCUGAAAAAGAGGUAAGCUCAAUAAUGUGCUAAAGUGUUUGGUGUACACUUAAUUUUGUAUAGUUUGUUUUUAAUCUGAAAUUUAAG